GUUGCACAAAAUCCAGCGACUUCCUCCGUCCACGCACGAUUCCCUCCUCCUUCAUCUGCGUCCCUUUGAUCAUCUUCCCAUCAUCUCAUCGACUGAGGCUUCCUGACUAUAUUCACCUCUCCCAUUUGCAUUCAUCAAAUCUUCUUGUGAAGUACGGGACGACCAAGCAUACCCCUAUCCAACUUCUCGUUGUUCUUCCUCGAAACCUCCAUUGGCCCCUCAUCCACUCGACCCAAUUUCCAACUGGCUUCGGGAUCCUCGAAUUCCCCUCUUCGAGGCCUGCCCGAUCGCUCAAAGCAGAACGCAAAAUUGACGUACCUCGAGAAGUCAAUACCUGGGUCUCGUGUCUACUUCUGAAAAACACCCUCGAUGGAUGCAAAAUCGUAUGCUCAAGAGACCCAAGACAAUCGUCGGCUUCUGGGAUGCAUAGGGGAAUUAUGUUGUUGCUUGCCUCGGAAACGGCGUCAUACUCCCUCGAACCAACCUCAUCCCGAGCGUACACCAUCUCCAACUGAAUCACAAGGCCUCUUGUUCAACGACACGGUAGAACCUGCGACCAUGCGCAUCCACCCAUAUAUCUCCGAGACUGCCGACACCACUAUAGACCGGGUGAGCUCAUCAAGUCCUUCAACUGCUGUGUCCGAGGUCUAUGUACUUCAUGGCCCGGAGUCCAUGGGAGGCAGACCAAUUGGGACUGUGGGUGAGGUGGGGACCGUUCGCAUUGAGCCGUCGAGCACGGAUAUGCCUGGGCCAAACGCAGGCUCCGUCACUGUGGACAUGGAUAGCAAGCGUCCUGGCGCCACCUCAGGCGGACUAAUCGACUACGCCGGCGAGGAUGAUGUCGUCGUGGAGUCGGAAGACGAAAACCAGAGACAGAAUUGGGCAACAGCCAUGCAGAUCCACCAUGCGAACGACCCAGAAGGCCUCAAGACUCAGCAUUGUCUGGCUUUGAUCGACUCGGGUUCAGGCUGCUGCGUUACCUCGCGGAAAGUGAUAAAGGAGAUCGGGGCCCAGGAUAACAUGUACAGCGAAACCCACCAGAUCAAAACCGUCAAGAACGAGAUACUCACCACUACCGGCGUUAUAAUGUUGAGAUUCAACCUCCGGAAGAAUCCCAGUCGAGUGUACUGGACAAAAUUCUUGGUCUUGGACGAAGGCGAACCAGGCUUCGAUUUCUUACUUGGACGGAAUUGGAUCUCGAAAUGCACGGGUGGCAUUGCUCGAGACUUUGACAAGAUCCCGAAUGUUUGGUUUUUUGCAUAAAUUGUUCGGUUGAUCACCAACCCUUGGAAGAUCCUAUUACCUACUAUGAGCACGGUGAUAAGGCGCGCGAUUGGGUAGAUGCUUGGAAAGCCUGCACAAUGGUUAACGACAUAGAUUUGUACGAAUUCAUGAG